GGCGGGGUCGGCCGGAAGUUUUUCUGAGAAGGGGCCGGUGGGUGUAGGCGGGUCUCGGGCGGGUCGCGGGUCGACCCAGCUCGGCCUGGCCUCGGCCCUCCGGGGCAUCCGGGGCGGAGGGACGAGCUGCCGUGAUGGGGGUGAAGGAGAGCCCCGGCCCGGAGCGACUCCUGCGUUCUCAGCCGGGCCUCAGUUUCCUCACCUGUUAAACGAGGCGUGUGUUUCCCCUGUAUGUUCUAGACGAAAAUUUGUAUUUCCUGAAGCCUCAAGCCAGUUUACGUGAUUGAAGCUGCUUUAUAGAAGAGUUGGGAGAAAACAAACUACAACCACAAAGAGCAGGAAGUGCUUUGAUGACCAUGGAUGACAAGAGACGAAGAGUCCGUGUGCAGGGUGUCUGGGCAGGCCCUGCCAAGAGUCAGGCCGCUGUGAAGCCAGCUCUCAGUGCCAAAGGCCACGCCCCCCAAGGUCUUGCACAGACCUGGAUGAAAAGGGAGUCACUUCCACCUGAAAGACAGUUUGUAUAUAAAGAACCAAAGGCAGAGGUUUUACGUCGGAUCCCAGACCCACAAGUGAUUGACAAAGAAGGUGUCUAUGAAAUCAGUGCAUCACCCACAGGCAUUUCUCGGAUACGCUUGUUUCCCAAUUUCAUUGAAUCAGAAGAAGCAGAUUGGAUAUUUGAACAGCUGUGCCAAGAUAUUCCAUGGAAGCAGAGGACUGGUAUUCGAGAGGGUAUAAGUUAUCUGCAGCCAAGGUUGACAGCGUGGUAUGGAGAACUCCCUUACACUUAUUCCAGAAUUACAAUGGAGCCAAAUCCUGAAUGGCAUCCCGUGCUUAGCAUGCUGAAGAGCCGCAUCGAAGAGAACACUGGCCACACCUUCAACUCGCUACUCUGCAACCUUUAUCGAAACGACAAGGACAGCGUCGACUGGCACAGCGAUGACGAGCCCUCGCUGGGGGCGUGCCCCAUCAUCGCCUCCCUCAGCUUGGGGGCCACACGCGUCUUUGAAAUGAGGAAGAAGCCCCCCCCCGAAGAGAAUGGGGACUAUACGUAUGUGGAAAAAGUAAAGAUACCCUUGGAUCAUGGCACCUUGUUGGUGAUGGAGGGAGCGACGCAAGCUGAUUGGCAGGCUAACCAGCAUUAGCCAAGCAGCCCACUGGGUGAUGGAUUCAGUCAUGGUCGUUUGGAAUCUCCUCUUUCAUUCCUGUGGAGCAGCAGACUAUACAGGUCUUUCAAGAUCCUUCCUGUUGCAGAAUCAUUUCUUCACAUAUCUCAGACUGACGGCUGUAAGCUUCACACCUGCAUCUUGCUGUUUCUGUUAGAGUGAUGCCUACUGAACAGCACUUGUGAGCUCAGGCUGAGUCAGCAGCGAGAGGCGAUACUUCAGAGAAGUCUUCAGUGACCGUCCAGUGUCCAGACGGAGCAAGGUGUCUCACCUGCUCUGUUCUUUCCUAGUCGGAAGACAUCUGGAAUAUUGUAGCCAUUUAUGGGUGCCGUGUUUUACUGAUGCAUUUCAGUUUUUGGUUUUGUAGUAGGUCGCCCCAUCCCACACAGUCCCUAUCUUUAUUUAAAAAAAAAUGACAGCUAAGGAGAGUCCUCUAUAGCAGUAAAUAGCAGUCUCUAGCCCUUAAUCCACUUCUCUGUAGAAAAGAAGGAAUCAUCUUCCAGCAUCAGUCAUGUGGAACUAUUAGUCGUUGCAUUAUUGCAGUCAAUAUACAUUCUCCUGACUUUGUUCGCCCUGUUCUUCAUCAGUUCAUGGUUUGCCAUGUUUCUCUGAAUCCUUCGUAUCCAUCAGUCCUUACAGCCAAAUUGCGUUCCAUUACAAAGUUACACUCUGCUUAGCCAUUCCCCAGUUUGUUCACAGUUUUUUGCUACCACAAUAAACAUGACUAGUCAGUAAGCCUUUAUUAAGUACCUCCAAGAUGCUAGGCAUCGUGCUGUGUGCUGGAAAUACAAAGAAAGCCAGCCCCCCCCCCCACAAAAAACAAAGGCCCUGCUCUCAACGGAGAGUCUAAUGGAGACAACGUGCAAACGAUUACGUACAAACGAUGUAUGAGGGAUGAAUUAGAGAUGAUAGGAGGAAGGUGUGAUCCUUUAGGGGGAUCUAGAAUGGCUUCUCACAGAAUGUGGAAUUUUAAGUGGGACUUGAAGGAAACCAGCAAAUCUAGAAGGCAGAGAUGCAAGGGGAACAGAAUUCCAAGCAUAGGGGACAGUCAAUGAAAAUGCCUGGAGACAGGAGAUGGAGUGUCGUGGACACUGGGAUGAAGGAAGGAGUAAGGUUUAGGAGGGGGCCAUGUUAUAAAUGGCUUUGGUUUCCGAAUAGGAUUUGUUGGAAGCCACUAGAGUUUACUGAAUGGGGGGAUGACAUGGUCAGACCUGUGCUUUUAGGGAGAUUAUUUUGACAAGAGUCAAACGAGUGAGGGCCAACUGGAACCAAAAGAGACUUAAGUCAGGGAGACCAGUGAGAAGGCCUUUGUAAUGGGACAGGCAUGAGGUGAUAAAGGCCUGCACCAAGGGGGGAGUUAUGGCAGGGAAUCAAAAGGGGCCCAUGUGGGACAUGUAUAAAUGUAGAGCAAGUUUGGAUGUGGGGGAAGAGAGAAAGUGAAGAAUUGAAGAUACCGGGGUAUGAGGAAGAUGGGGGUGCCCUGGCCAGUAACAGAGAACUUAGGAAGAGGGGAGGCAGGGAAAUAAUGAGUACGGUUUUGUACUGUGAGUAUUGCGGCACAUAUGGGACCAUUCUUGCCGUCCUUGAUCCCCUUGGUAUUUAGGCACUAUAUGACCCGGGAUGGCUGGUUAAAAGAAACUUUUAAAGGAAUUUUAAAUUUUGGGGUAACUUUCUCACAUAAUUCCAAACUUUUUUUUUAAGUGCAGUUGAACUAAUUUUUCAGCUCCCUGCCUGUCGUCCCCAACAGUGCAUCACUGUGGCUGUCUUCACAUUACUCUUCUGAUCUGGAUAUUUCUGUCUUUUGUCACUCUUGCCAGUUUGAUGUGAGUGAGGUGAACCUUGGAAUUUUGA